CAGCUCCGCUACUCACUAGAGGGCGAUUUUAACAGCAGGAGACGCCAGCAACUGGAUGGUCCAAAUGACGCAAACAUCAAGCGACCGAAUCUCUUUGCAGCCGCAACGGUGGAAAACCGUGUUAUAAAUAUAAAGAUAAACGUUCAAUGGGUUUUGUUCCGAUGUGAUUGGAUUGCCUUAACAGUGCUUUGUGUGCACGUUGUGUCCACAUGUACGUCCACGAAUGCAAACGUCAAGUUACUGGAUAUAUACUUUGCAAUUGCAGUUCCACUCGGUAGCGUUAGCUAGCUGUCGAUAUAACCUCAGUUUGGUCAGUUAGCUAGCUGGCUAACUUCCAAGCAAGAUUGGGCUAUUAUUUUCUUAAUGAAUCUUACACCUUUAAGAAACUGGGUUUCCAUUAUUUUGAAUGAAUAUAUUUUGCAUCGAGGGAGUUCUGUGGGUUAGUGCGCAUGACUAUGUGCUUCAUGGUCCCUUCAUGAGUUGAGUAUAGGAUUUACUGGUCAGUCUUCUAGAAGCAGAAGAUCAAGUACCUCUGGCAAAAUUCUUGUAACUUCACCUUACGUAACUACUUCAAGUUUGAGGUCCAUAUUGGAGGAGGCCAAUGAUCGAGACCUGCUAAAACCUGCAGGCAAGGGCAGAUUGAGGCCCAAGGAGGAAUGGGUAAGGUUGGAUAUGAGGGUCCAAGUUCAUAACGGCUCCGACCAGGCAAAGUCGGCUUCUCAGAUGGCAGAGAAUGGCCGCUCACGGAGGAAACGCAUGCCUAAGUUGUGUGACUGCUGUGGACCAAACAGCAAGCCCCACGCGCUGGGCCAUGACCAGGUCACAAAGAAACGGGGUCGGAAGAAGAAAGAGGUUGCAAGUGAAGUGGGAGUAGCAGCUGAUAAACAAGUCAUUUCUAAUGUUGUAGAUUUGGUUUCAGUGGCAGAGGCAGAUGCAAUGACUGUGUGCGAGAUGCAACCAGUAACAUGUCCUGAACCAUCCACAGCACUAUGUGGAAAUCAAAUUGUGCCUCUGGUCAGUGACUCAACUGUUCUGCACAAUGGCAUUAUACCUAGCCAAGGGGACAUUCCGGAAACAAACAGUAAAGGCGAAGAUACUGACUUCACUUCACUCACUGACUCCAAAGAGCCCACUUCUAUCACACACACUCAUCCAACACAAGACUCUUUGGACACAAACAGUGAUCCUCUACAGGCUAACCCUGCAACACCUCUUGACUGUAUACAUGUUGGUCCACCCGUGCACAGUGACUGCACAGAAAAAUCUGCAAGCCCUGUUAUAAAGAGCAAUAGCAGGGACUCAGAUCAGAUAGCAGAAACUGAUGCCAUGGAAGUUGAACAUCCUAUUUCUGCCAUUUACCUAAAUGUCAAGGCUUUAAGGGACCACCGCUACUGCAAGCGCCCUGCAGCCUGUGCAGCAGAAGAGCCACUAGAUGUUCCUCAGCCACCUUCAACAGAAAUCCAGAAUGAAGAAAUUGUAGAACUCAUUCAUGAAUUCCUUGAGAAUUUGUAUGAGAAGUAUGGGAGUUUCAUUCCACUGUGUGAGGAGGACAUUCUCGAGUACCUGAACAAGCAUUUAAAUGCUGAUUUUAAGGACAGAAAGAAAAUGAUACACACAGAGGUGAUGAAGUACAAGGCUAGCUUGGCUUGUGCGCCUAUGCACUUUUUCAAAGUGACCUAUAACAAACACACUCUGGCGCUUGAUGACCUUUCAACACUUGAUGACCAAAACUGGGUCAAUGACCAGGUUAUAAACAUGUAUGGUGAAUUAAUUAUGGAAGCUACGAACCAUAAGGUACAUUUCUUCAACAGUUUCUUUUAUAGACAGCUUGUAGGAAAAGGCUAUGAAGGAGUGAAGAGGUGGACCAAAAAGGUGGAUUUAUUCUCUAAGAGAUUGCUGCUGAUUCCCCUCCACUUGGAGAUCCACUGGUCCUUGAUAACAGUGGACAUCUCCAAGCAAAACAUAAACUUCUAUGACUCCCAAGGAAUAUUAUUCAAGUUUGCGGUUGAUGUAAGUGUAAGACUGAUGCAACUUGGUGGAUUUUUGUGCUCCCUGCCUUAUGAUUGUAUUCAAAGCUAUACUUCUCAACAGAACAUUGAGAAAUACAUGUUAGCUGAGGCAAAGGAAAAGAAGCAUGCUAAUUUCCAAAAAGGCUGGAAGAUGACUGUCAACAAGACUAUCCCACAACAAAAGAAUGAUAAUGACUGUGGAGCUUUUGUCUUGGAGUACUGCAAGUGCCUGGCAUUUAAACAACCAUUGCUGUUCACACAAGAGGACAUUCCUAAAGUCCGCAAAAGGAUAUACAAGGAGCUCUGUGACUGCAAGCUCACUGACUUAAAAAAGCAAGUCUAAGCUUAAAGACGUUCUUUGCGCAUUUGCUUGUGAAUGGACUUCUCGUUUUUUUUUUUUCUUCUUGUGGGAACUGUGGGCAAAAGACCUACACAUGGUCAUAUACCUGGAUAUAACUCGUAGUUCAGUAUUUUGGAUGGAGAUGCCAAACCAUCAGCCUUUCCAACCAUUCCCAUUUUUAUAUUGAAGGUUCAGCAACUGAAAAGGCCUUUCAUCACUCACAGAUUUAUGUGCGCACUGGCUAUUGAAAGCAAUGACUUGUGGCAACCAUUAGAAUAAGCAUCAAAUUGUUUUGUCUUUGGUUCGUCUUCUUGAGUGUCAAGCCUCUGCAGCUUGUUAGAUGGUUUUAGCCAUAUCGCAAACCUUGUGGUUCUAUCAGGUUUCUUUUCAACAAGUAUGCACUCAGUGCUCCACAGCAUGAUACUUGAAGGAUCUACAUUGUAUAGUUUUGACUGCAUUUUGGAUGUGGUACAAACAAGCAUUUAACAAAGACAAGCUUUUAAAUGAAUGUACUGAUAAUGAAGAACUUUUUUUUUUUUUUUUUUUUUUUUUAUAAUAGCAGAACUUGACACAAAAACCGGUAUCUCUACAUCAGUUUGUUUAAAAUAGUAUCAGAUUUGCCAUAGAAUCUAGACUUUUAAACUCUACCCUGGAACUGUUUGGGCCAUAAAGUUUUUAUCUUUGUAUUCUUUAAUAGAAGCACUCUAGACACUUUUUCAAUCUUUUGCUUUUGAAAAGCAAUGACAUGACAGUUUCUAUAGCAUGUAGCUUUAUUACGAGUUCCGUUCCAAAUUCCAAGUAUUUCAAGGACACAUGUAAACGUGGUGGCUAUGAUUUUUUGUUUUCUCUUUAAAACUGAUAGCAGUCAAUUUUAUUGGCUAAUGCCGUUUUUAUCACUUGAGCAGAUUAAAUCAAUGGUAAAGCAUACAUACUUAAAAGCAGUGAGACACAAAAGCUUGCAUUAAGGUUGGACCAGACCAUGUUUCUAAGAAUUAUGACAAGCUGUCAUAUGUUUAUGCCUUAUCUCUAAUGAAGCGAGGCGUUACAUUGUGGAGCUGGAGCAGUAAGUUGCAGAUGGUUUUUCAGAAUAUUGCCAACUCAUUGUGUCCAUUUACAGUGACCACAAGGGGUUAAUAAGUUUAGAGCAAAUAUAAAGGAUGCAAGAUGUCAAAGGUAUUUGGGAUACUGUAUUUCUAGUUACUUGAAGUGUAACAAGAUGACCUCAAUGAGAUGCUUCAGUUUCUUUGUUUGACUACUAUUUUUGUCAUUAUUUAAACACAUAAAACCAUUAUUGAUAACC